AUGGUUGGAGUCCCGGGAAGAUCGAAAGGCUGCCGAACCUGCCGACGGCGUAAGAAGGGAUGUGAUAAGGCCGAGCCUUCGUGCGCCCAGUGUCUUACCGCGGGCUUAAUAUGCGAGGGCUAUGGUCGCGAUCUCGUUUGGGUUAAUGCGACCACAGAGGAGGAGCCUACCGGGCGGCAGCGACGACCGCCGACCAAUCCAUCGGAGCCUUGGCAGGUUCGCUACGCCGGACAGCAUGGGACCAACAUCGAAGUGAUUCUCAGAGAGUCUCUCGCCAAAACGGCCCGAGAGCAAAAGUAUCUCGGCAUGUUCUGGUCUGCCUACCUGCCCAAUGGCCGCGCCUUUACAUCGCGUGCCUGCAGGCUAUCUACAGGAGGCUGGACAGCCCACAUGGGCAAGCUCUACGAUGCGGAGCCGACACUCCGUCUCGCUUCAUUAGCAAUGAGCGCAUCGGUCAUCGGGCACCAGAACCAUGACGGCCAGCUUAUAAUCAAGGGCUUAAAGGCAUAUUCUGAAGCUAUUCAGGAGAUGACAAGAGCCGUGGCCAGCGAUUCACGGAGGCUGGGCGAUGGUUUAUUGGCGGCCGCACGUUUGAUGGAAUUUUAUGAAAUCCUUUUUGGAAACGAUUCUAGCGAAUAUCCAGAUGCAACAAUGCACGUGGACGGAUGGCGCGGCCACAACAGUGGGCAAAUGUCAUUAGUGCUGGCCCGAGGCGCCCCCAAUCUGCAGUCCGGAACAGGGCACCAACUGUUCGCUGAUGGUCGGUUGAAUAUGGUUGUGGGCGACAUCGCCAGGCGGCGGCUCUCGAAGCUUGCUACAUCAGCUUGGAAGAGUGUUCCAUGGCAUACACAAGACAAAUCUGUGAAGGAUAAGCUAAUAGAUAUAUUGAUUGAUGUUCCAGGACUACUGGAAGAUCUUGACAACAUCAAGGCUACCGAAGAUCCCCAAUCGAAAGAACUAGCCCGGCAAAGCGCCCUCUUGGCGUGUAAGGUGUGCCAUCAACAACUUAUCGCUUGGGAAAAAGAAGUAGGAGACGAUCUUUUGAUCUACGACUACAUCGCCUCUGGCUUCCCCUUACCGGUCCCCAAAACAGAUAUCGAUACCGCGCUCUUGCAAAUAACUAGCCUCUACUGGGUUGUCGUGCAUUUGUUCUGGGAGCCUGCGGCAGGGGCCUUUGGUAACCACAUCGGCCUGUUUCCUCUUGGAGUUGCCAUGAGAUUCCUAGCGGGUACUGAACCCAUCGAGACUAGCGAGCCUUACAGAUUGAUGCGCCAGCUGUUCCGCCGCCCGUUCCUGGGCACGCAAAUCGGGACUUUUCUUUCAAACCUACAGCGGGAAACACCCAGGGAAGAACUGCGCAUGAUGGAAGGCGAUGCCGGUAUUCAAGCGCGUGCACAUGCUUGGUGGCAUCGGAGCAACCUCACACUACGACACGAGCCGCAAUGA